AUGUUACUUCUGUGAAGUCUGAGGAGGAGGAGGAGGAGGAAGAGGAAGAAGACAGAGCUGAGGGCAGAAGCAGGAGGAAUGUGGGUGCAACUGUCACAGCUGAAGGGGAGACUGAGGGAACAAAGGGAGGAGAGAGGAAAGAAGCAGCUCAAGUUGGACGUAUUGCAGAUCCUGAAGGAGUCACAAAGGAUAAUCUGUGUAUAAUUGUUACCGGUUGUACAGAAAUUCUACUCCUUAAAAUGUUCGAGAUCUUCCUGUUUCCAGAAAAAAGAAUGUAAUGGAGCUCCGUAUCAAAAAGUGGCCGGGAAUGGAGAAAAGAUGGGGAUCUGUGGUUUCCAAAUAUCGUUUGGUUCCAUAUGGAUCUGAGAUCUCAAAGAUGAGCAAAACCAGAGGAGAAGUCUUUAUGGAGAUUGAAAAGAAUCACAACCAAACUCGUUCACCCAAGGAGCCCGUUUCCAGCAAUGAAUUUGGCAGAACAUCGGAUCAGGAUCAAAUAGGAGAGAAGGGAUUUACUUGUGGUCAGUGUGGGCAAAUCUACAUGGAUGAGCAUCACCUCAGUGUCCAUUUUCUGAUUCACACAACAGAGAAGCCUUUCAAUGGCAUUGGAAAUGCAGAAACCGUUAUAGAAAAGAGCAGCUCCAAAGAUCAUCCGCAGACUUUCCCAUGUGCCGAGUGUGAGAAGUGUUUUACCUCAAGGGAGAGACUGGAGAAGCACCAAAUGACUCACAUUGGGGUGAAACUACACGAGUGCACAGAGUGUGGGAAAUCGUUCCAACUUAAACAGCACCUGAAAUCACAUUAUUUAAUUCACACUGAGAUUAAAGCUUUCACAUGCGCAGAGUGCGGGAAACGGUUUAAACAGAGAAACGGUCUCAUUGGUCACCAGUUGAGUCACAGCGGGGAAAAGCCGUUUGUCUGUAGUGAGUGUGGGAAAAGCUUCCGCUGGAAAACUGAUCUCAAUUAUCAUCUCAAUACUCACACGGGGAGAACCUUCCCAUGCACAGAGUGUGAGAAGUCCUUCCGCUCACAGAAGCACCUCAAGAGGCACCAGAUGAUCCACACCGGGGAGAAACCGUACGACUGCACUGAGUGCGGCAAAUCCUUCCGGUACAAAAUCAAUUUGGAUAAACAUAACCUUAUUCACGCUGAAGUUAAACCUUUCACAUGUUCCGAAUGUGGGAAACAGUUCAGAUGGAAACAGCAGUUCCACCAUCACCAGCUCAUUCACACAGGGGAGAAGCCGUAUGACUGCAGCGAGUGUGAGAAAAGCUUCCAAAAGAAGAGCGACCUCAAAGCCCAUCUUCAGCGCCACAUAGGGGGAAGGAACAAACGAUAUAAAUGACAGAGAGUUUACAUUUACAGGGAACAGCUCUUUGCUUACAUGGAAUUCACAGAUGUGAACGUCCUUUGUCUGUACUCCGACUGGGACACAUGAGAUUGGCACAUUUGUAAUCAGGAACAUCAUCUGCUAUCCCAUCAUCAAUGGACUUCAUUGGACUCAUUUACUAUGGGGGUGAGGGGAAGAUGAACUGUGUUCUAGUGAUAUCCCUGGCAGCUAAUGAUACUCAUUCUACUUCUUAAUUCUGUAUAUUAAAACAACAACAUCUUUUAGGUCUAAAACCUAAAUGUGCCUGCCAAUAUUAUGUGAGGGUGUAUAAAUUAUCACAUCCCUACACCCUAUAGAGGUGCUGAACCUUUAGGCUGGUGUAACAAGCUUAGCAUAUUAAAUAUGGCAUUUAUACCCAUAUUCAUGUUUACAGUUAAGUUCUCAAUGAAUUUUAACCCAUGAGCCAUUCUUUAAGGGGCAGAUUUAUCAAUGGUCGAGGUGAAUUUUAGAAUGAAAAAAGA